CGUUUUGUGCCCCCGGAAGUGCUUGUGGUUCCCACGUGAGGUCAAAAUGGCGACUCGCUGCAUGUGAAAGAGGUCGAGGAAGGAGGCGGCUUUCGCGCUAAGAUCAUGUAUAAAACGCAAUGUAGCCGACUCACAGGUUUGUUCGGUCUAAGCAUUAAAGAAAAGGUGGUUGCCUGUGGUCCACGAUGCCUCCUCCAGCACCACAGAAGAGACCCAUCAGCCUGGCUGACCUAUCAGCAUCUCACCUUCCUGAAACGCCAGUAUGUGGCCAAGAACAUCGGGGAGCUUCACCAACGCGCCGCCCCCAAGCAGGCUCCCGUGGACGAGAGGGACGACGGCGUGGAAAGGCGGGCACGGAGAGUUCCUGUCGUUGAGCCCGUGGUCGCGGAGGACGGAGCCGCUCGGGAAACUUCCAGCGUGAAGGCGACCACCUCGCAGGAGAGGCCCCACGUGCACGUGGAGACGGACGAGGCGCGAGACGCUCGUCUGGACCGGAAGUGGAAGCGGCUGAAAGUUGACAUGGCCGACCUGCCGGACGUCUAUGCCCGACUUGCCAAAAUAAAACUCACAGCGCUUGUGGUUAUGACUGCGGCUGCUGGUUACGCAAUGGCCCCGGUGCCCUUUGACCCCGUCAUCUUCUUGGUGUCGUCCCUGGGAACGGGUCUCGCCUCCAGUGCAGCCAAUUCCAUAAACCAGUACUUUGAGGUGCCUUUUGACUCCAACAUGAACCGAACCAAGAACCGCCCGCUGGUCAGAGGGCAGAUCAGCCCCCUCCACGCCGUGACCUUCGCCCUGGCGUGCGGGGUCCCCGGGGUGGCCCUGCUGACGUGGGCGGUGAACCCGCUGACGGGCUUCCUAGGCGCCCUCAACAUCGCCCUGUACACGUGCUGCUACACGCCGCUCAAGAGGCUCACCAUCGCCAACACGUGGGUGGGCGCCGUGGUGGGCGCCAUACCUCCCGUCAUGGGCUGGACGGCCGCCACGGGCUGCCUGGAUGCAGGUGCGCUGGUGCUGGGGGGCUUCCUGUACAGCUGGCAGUUCCCGCACUUCAACGCCCUCAGCUGGAACCUGAGGGAGGACUACUCGCGCGGCGGCUACCGCAUGAUGUCGGUCACGCACCCGGCCAUGUGCCGGCGCGUGGCCCUGCGUCACAGCGUGGCGCUGGUGGGCCUCUCCGCCCUGGCGCCGGCGCUGGGCGUCACCACGUGGACCUUCCCCGCCGUGGCGCUGCCCAUCAACGCCUACAUCGGCUUCCUGGCCUUCCGCUUCUACCGACGCGGCGACCGCUCCAGCGCCCGCAAGCUCUUCUUCUGCAGCCUGUGGCACCUGCCCAUGCUGCUGCUGCUGGCGCUCACCUGCAAGACGCCUCGCCGGGAACGCCGCCAGGACCCCGCCCCGCCCAGCUAACACCAUGCUCCCGACGACGGGACGGACGCAUCCUUUUAAACGCAGGUGCUCGCCGGCUCCGUGGCGUAAAAAAACACCGACUUGAAUCAUGACCUUGUGUGUGUCCUGUAAAUAUCUACGCUUUUAUUUAUACACCACUUCCUGUCUGCCUUGGCUGUGUCUCCAUCGCAGUACUCACGCCAGUACACUUCAAUAAGUACCUACUUCCAUACUGCCUCAAUUGUCUACUUCUUUCCCAAAUCCAUGGAGGAAUUCACCUUGGAAAUUAGCAAUUAGCAAUUAGCAAUUAGCACCAAUCCAUAUUUGCAAUCACUUCCUGAUUCCUGACUUUGGAUAUCUGGCCAUGACAACGCCAUGACAACGCCAUGACAACGCCAUGACAACGCCAUGACAACGCCAUGACAACACUCGGCCUGAUGGAGCUGCUAGCUCCUCCCCCUCCAAAGCCUCCACGGAUCAACAUUUGCACUAAAAGUGAUUAGUUAGUUAAAGUGAUUAGUUGCGGCUCCAAUGACUCUCUUUAAUUAGCAUUACUCGCUAGCAUAGAUAGUCGACCAGCAUCAUGGCUGCUCACUGAGUGGACUUGCCGAGUGUGGUUAGUGUACUGCACACUACCAAGUGUACACCACGCUUCUUAUGCACUUAGAGUAAGUGCACCAAGUACGCAAGUGUGCCAUCCGAGAGCCGACCAUUUAUGGAAAUGAUUCCCACGGCAAGGUUUGCAUCUCCUGUAAUAAACACACGUGAUGAUUGUGGUCUGCGUCCUCGUUAGCCGUGAUGGUGUUCCUAUUUAACAGACCACCUCGGCACCUGUCGGUCGCCAUGUGCUCCCUCUUGCCGGUGUCGGGUUACAUCUCCAUCACUGGCCGUCCUGCCGCCAUAAAAGGAAUCAGGGCUGUGGGAUUUGGCCAA